AUGUCCGAUGCUUCUACAGCUCGAGAUCUGACGUGUAGCAGAAGCGUGGCUUCCUUCUGCUUGCCUCCACAGGGACUACGAAAAGACGGAUCCACAGAAAUGAUGAGCCGCAGCGUGACGGAGAAUUCGACGCUACUUGUCCACGUUCGGGGAGGCCAGGUUCUCCCCGUUCAGCCCACGUUGAAGAACACUAUGGACAGAACAAAAGUUCCGUAUGACCUAUAUGUUUACCCGAAAGACGGAUUCGCCAGCGGCGAACUUUUUGUAGAUGACGGCAUAUCUCAAGGCACCGUUGAAUCAAAUCAGUAUGACCUCUUCAGCUUCAUUCUCGCCCAGAACCUCUUGCGCGUGUCGAUCAGUCACUUCGGGAACGGGACGAGACAGAACGCGACGGUCAGGAACAUUGUGUUCUUUGACGUCGACACUCCGCCGUCGAGGGUGACCAUGAACAAGAACGGCGUCGCACAGAACUCGGUUAUUCACAACUCUACCAAGAAGAGUCUGACAGUCACAGUGAACCUGCAGCUCCGCUCGCUCAACAGUAUGUCUACGGAGGCCGUUCUGCAACUGUACUAACGCAGUUGACGGUUCUAAUGAGUCCCAUCAGCGCCAUGUGCAGUUGAACUGUCAGAAGGGCUUGCGCGAGUUCGCAGAAUGAAGCGAAUGGUUUGUCACAACACUACCAUGAUAGAAAUACGGUGCCAUCUCACACGAAAAAAAAAAAAAGUUGCGUUCCACAUGGUUUUUGCAACCUGUCCAGCUGGAAAGAUCUGCGGUUCGCUAAUUCAGCAAUGUAACGCAAUUCGAUGAAUAUUCAGCUGGAACACGGCUGUAUUCCAGCCGAUAACUGGUAAAGUUCCGGAUGAUUAUCUAUCUGAUUUGAGUUGAAUUAUUAAACCACCAAUAUUUCCAGCUAAAGGAAUGAUUUCCGGUUCAAUGGUUCAGCUGGAUGUAAAACCUUUUAAUCUGGGAUUGCACGCGCGAGUAUACUAACAGUCAGUUUUGACAUGCAAAUACCAGGACGUGCGCGAAGGGUUCGGCAUGUGAUUGAGCGUAAUUCAACCACACUCGUCGUUGCGGCUGCGUUGCAGCAAAAGUUUUCUCGAGCGUUCGUUUCCAUAGUAGAGUACCAAGUACUCUAAAUCGUUAAACAUUUUUUUCUAAACACUCCUUUGUGGUUAUUUACGAAUGUGGUGCUACGCUAGCAUUAAGAUGUACAUGUAUUAACGCUCACGUGACGUCUUUCUGCCCUCCCAUAGUAGAGUACAUCGUACUCUAAAUCGUUGACAACUUUUUCUAUUCACACUUUGUGAGACAAUUUCUGUUACGGGACGGCUUCAUGCUCUCCCAUAGUAGAGUACUAAGUACUCUAAAUCGUUCACCACUGUUUAUAAACACAAAACUCACUUUGUGACUGUGCGUGGAUUUUUGUAAAUUUAGGGAUUUUAGCGGGACGGCUCAGUGCUCUUUCAUAGUUAAGUACGAAGUACUCGAAAUCGUUAAAUAUUUUUUUCUAAACACUUUUUCGAAGAUGGCAACCGGUCGUCUCCAUAAACUGGCCUAGUGUGAGACCCAAGGAACGGCUUUCAGCUAUGCACAGUAGAGUACCUGGUAUUCUAAAUCGUUAACCACUAUUUUUAAACACUUUUUUCGUGUGCUGAGAUGGUUCUCUGCCCUU